GCAGAGCCGCCCGCGAAGGCCGAGGCCGCACGGAGCUCGGCGCCGCCAUGAAGGCCGUGGUGCAGCGCGUCACCCGGGCCAGCGUCACAGUUGGAGGUGAGCAGAUCAGCACCAUUGGACGGGGCCUCUGUGUGCUGCUGGGAAUUUCUUUGGAAGACACACAGAAGGAACUGGAGCACAUGGUCCGAAAGAUCUUAAACCUGCGCGUGUUUGAGGAUGAGAGCGGGAAGCACUGGUCCAAGAGCGUGAUGGACAAGCAGUACGAGGUGCUGUGCGUCAGCCAGUUCACCCUGCAGUGCGUGCUCAAGGGCAACAAGCCUGACUUCCACCUUGCCAUGCCCUCAGAGCAGGCGGAGGGCUUCUACAACAGCUUCCUGGAGAAGCUGCGGAAGACAUACCGGCCGGAGCUCGUCAAAGAUGGCAAGUUUGGUGCCUACAUGCAAGUGCAGAUUCAGAACGACGGACCUGUGACCAUAGAGCUGGAAUCUCCGGCACCUGGCGCUGCCACCUCUGACCCAAAGCAGCUAUCCAAGCUUGAAAAACAGCAGCAGAGGAAAGAGAAGACCAGAGCCAAGGGACCCUCGGAAUCGAGCAAAGAAAGAAACACGCCACGAAAGGAAGACCGCAGCGCCAGUAGUGGGGCGGAGGGCGAUGUGUCCUCGGAGCGGGAGCCCUAAUUGCAGGAGCACAGGACCAGUGCACUGUCAUUGGGAGAAGUGGUUCCUGAAAAAUUCAAGAUGCUAAGUCCUAUAACUGGGGUGAGAAUCUGAACCUGAAACAUGAACAAGAAUACAGAAAUAUGAAAUUGGUACCUGAAGACACCAAAGGACCUGUUACCAUGUUCCAUUAUGACUGUGUCUCACUAGGCAGAGGUAUGCACGUGAUGGCAGGCCCAUGCCCAUCCGUGCCUCCUCCACAGGGAGGCCUAGUUGGGUCCUGCCUGUCUUUGCUUACUUUUGGAACAGGCUGGCCGUCACUUGUCAUCAAGUCCCCCGCAGAAUGUUCUGCGUACCUGUGACGGGUCUUCAGCACCUCCAUGCUGUCCCUGUUUGUUCCAACACUGGCUCAUGACCAGGGCCUGUGUCAAGUGUAAGAACAACCAUCAGUGAUAACAUAUCCUGUGAGGCCUUUGCAUCUUGUCAUUUUUCUCUCUUUUCUAAAAAUAAAUAAUAAAAGCUUAA